AUGACAAAUGAAGAGAAGCUUUUCAUAAGGACAUUUAAUUCAGUGAAGCUUCCACCUAGAAAGAUCAUGGCAAUACUAACUUACUUGAGAGGUGGUUGUUCCAGAGCUGUUCCAUACACCAAAAAAUUUGUGAGCAACUUAAGAACUGCAAUGAGGAAAGAAAGCAUGCUCAAUGACAUGAUGCAAUCUCUUGAAUAUUUUAAGAAGAAGCAAGCUGAUGAUCCAAGGUUCUACUAUGAUUUUAAAGUGGACAAGAAAACAAAUACAGUGAAGAACAUUUUCUGGUGUGAUGCUACAUCUAGAAGAAUGUAUGAGCUAUAUGGUGACUGUAUCAGUUUUGACACCACAUUCAAGACCAAUAGAUACAACAUGCCGUUUGCCCCUUUUGUUGGAGUAACGGGACAUGGCGACAACUGCCUUUUCGGUUGUGCCAUCCUUCAGAAUGAAAGUGCAGAGACAUUUGAGUGGUUAUUCAUAACUUUCUUGAAAUGCAUGGGAGGAAAGUCUCCAAAGACAAUUAUAACAGAUCAAGAUGCAGCUAUGGCAAAAGCAAUUCCUGCGGUUUUCAUACACACUGUACACAGAAAUUGCCUUUUCCAUGUCGUAAAGAAAGCUGAAGAGAAGCAUCCAAGAAGUUUUGGAAAAAUACCUAAUCUACACAAUGAAUUCAAAGACACUAUUCAUUUCUCAUUGACAGUGGCAGAGUUUGAAGCAUCAUGGCAAGAAAUGAUACAGAAAUAUGAAGUCGGCAACCUUAAGUACUUGAAAACAAUGUGGGAGAAUAGGAAGAAGUUUGUACCUGUAUUCUUCAAGAAUGACUUCUUCCCGUUCAUUCACAGUACAGCAAGGAGCGAAGGCACCAAUGCUAUUUUCAAAGAUAAUGUUGGAUCAACAUACGAGUGUCGCGACUUUACGAUCGAGUAUGAUAAGAUAGCAGAAAAUAUUGAACAAAAUGAGAUACAUGAAGAUUCCAUCACGAGGACAACAACACCUACAUAUUGGUGUGGAAAUGAUAUGGAAGUUGAUGACCCACAAGUAUAG